UUUUUUCCGACCACCUGCUCGGAUUUAAAAUAUCCACUUUCUAAAUCCUCGACGGUCCAAGCUUGUGCUAACGUGGCAGUACUACGUCACGAAAAUUUCUAAUCGUCUUAAUUUUCACGUGAAUCUUCCUUCCCCUGUUGUAGUCACAAUGCUCAUUUUGGGCUAAUGCAUGGAACAGCCUCGCGGCUCUGGCCCGCGCCUCUGGGUAGCGCGGAGAAGGGAGAGUUCAGAGCAGGGCGGAAAAAGGCCGUACAUAUAAGCGCCCUCGGCAACCUCCUUCCCAGAGUCCCCUCUCUCGGGGAAGAGAGAGGACCCUGGGAACGAGAUUUCUACCAUUUUGAUGAAAUGGUGCUGACCACUGGAGCCUGCAAUUUUCAACAUGGCGGACGAGUCGACCCAAGGAACGUGCGAUGAACUGUACAAUCAAAAGAUUGCUCAUGGUCGAGUAGAUUAUGUUCGUGAAGAAUACAAGCGUUAUAAACGAAAGAAACCUCCUCCUGACUUGAGUGAAGUUAUUGACUUCCAAGAUCCGUCCACAUUUGGUGAGCGUAUUCAGAAAGUCGAGCUGAACGAAAGCAAAUAUCAUUCGAAGUUCGGACUUCGUUGUGUCUCAGAAUGGCGGAUGUACGAGCUAAAAACUUGUCCAGGGUUUAUGUUUAUAGUGAAUCCUUUUUCACCUGGGGCACAGCAGUACUGGACUCGGCGUUGCAUGGAAGAUUUUCCACGUAAACCAAACGUGUGUAACUUGGACGCCCACGUGAAGUUAGACCCGGAGAAGUCUGUGUGGGAACUUAGUCACGGCAGUGAUGAAAAUAAUGACCUAAUGGACAGGCUGCGUUGGGUUCACCUUGGCUAUCACUUUGACUACAAUGUUGUUGAUUACAAGCCUGAAAGGUACUAUGACUUCCCAUCAGACUUAGCUGGUAUGGCACAACAUAUCGCUAAUGCAAUCGGUUAUCCUGACUACUCCCCUGAGGCUGGCAUUGUCAAUUACUAUCCCCUGGGGGGCUCUAUGGGGGGUCACACCGAUCAUUAUGAGUCAGAUCUGUCGUGGCCAUUGAUUUCCUUGAGCUUUGGUCAGACAGCAAUCUUUCUUAUUGGUGGAGCAACCAGAGAUAUAAGACCAGUUGCUUUGUACAUUCGCAGUGGUGACAUUGUCAUCAUGUCAGGAAAAUCAAGAACUGCCUUUCACGCAGUCCCGAGAAUAGUCAAAGUAGGAAACGAAAAUGAACCUCCACCCUGCCUUAAAUGGGAAGACAGCCUCUUAACGAAUGGCGUCACUUUGUCUUCAGAAGAAGACUCAGAUGAAUCAAGUAUCCCGGAUGAGAACGUGAAAUUCCCGGAUGUCGUGGAGAAGAAGACUGUUGCCAGCCAAAGAACGUGUGCUUCUAACGCUGAACGAAAUGAGAAACCGUUGUUUCAAGAAUCCUGCGAUAAUAAAAAUACUAAUAAAUUUGGCGACAUCAGUAGUUUGGGAAGUGAGUACAUUGAAACCAGCGAAGGUUGUCAGUGUAACAAGAAUGAUUUUUGUGGUAAAUCCAUGAAAACUAUCAGCUCGGACGAAUGGAGGCAGUUUGAACUCUAUCUUUCAAAAACACGAAUUAACGUCAACGUUCGCCAGGUGCACGAGAAAGGGAAGACCAUAAAUUCGUUUUGUUCGUAAUGUGAAAUUAUGAAAAGGAACACU